AUACAUACCAUUUAACUUUCUCUAAUAGUUAUGGAGUUUUGUUGCCGGAGGAAUUUUCUCGUGGAAGGUGUUUUGUUGUAUUUGUUGUUGAAUGGAGUUGCGAAUGCCAGUAUAAACAAACACCCGUGUGAUUUUCCGGCUAUUUUCAACUUUGGAGACUCCAAUUCGGAUACUGGUGGCUGGUCCGCGGCCUUUGGACAGGCCGGGCCACCCCAUGGAGAGUCGUAUUUCCAUGGUCCGGCUGGUCGGUACUGUGAUGGCCGUCUAGUUAUCGACUUCAUAGCACAAAGCUUGGGGUUGCCGUUCUUGAGCCCAUUCCUAGACGCACUUGGUUCAAACUUCACCCACGGUGCCAAUUUCGCCACGGCUGGUUCAACCAUCCGACCCCUUCAUCAAAGUGGAGUCAGUCCCUUUUCGCUAAAUGUUCAAUGGUACCAAUUCAGUGACUUUCAUCGUCGGGUCCAAACCAUUCUCGACAAAACAGAUGAGGAUGGAGUAGUUAAGAAAAUGGCGCCAAAAGUGGAAGAUUUUGCACGUGGUUUGUACACGUUUGACAUUGGGCAAAAUGAUUUAACGGCUGGCUUGUUUCAAAACUUGACAGUUGAUGAAGUUAAGGAAAGUGUUCCUGAUAUUGUAGGCCAGUUCAAGACCGUCAUUAAGGAGAUAUAUGAUGAUGGAGGAAGAUCUUUUUGGAUACACAAUACGGGUCCGUUUGGAUGUCUACCGUAUGUGUUGGACCGUCAACUAAUCACAGCUGGACAAGUGGACAAACACGGAUGUGUGGGUCCAUACAAUGAACUCGCUCGGUAUUUUAACCACCAAUUAAAAGAAACCGUUGACCAAUUGCGAGAGCAUCUACCUAAGGCCGUGAUCACCUAUGUUGAUGUUUACUCAGUCAAGUAUGCACUCAUUACCAAAGCAACCCGAUAUGGGUUUGUGCAUCCAUUGAGAACUUGUUGUGGCCAUGGAGGAAAGUACAACUACAAUAUGAAUAUAGGUUGUGGUGGUAAAGUCAAAGUCAAUGGGGAAGAUAUCCUAGUAGGCAAAGCAUGCGAUGAUCCAACGGUGAUGAUCAACUGGGAUGGAGUGCACUACACCGAAGCAGCCAAUAAAUGGAUCUUUGAUCAGAUUGUUAGCGGGUCAUUUUCUGACCCGCCAACGCCAAUAGGAUUUGCUUGCCGUAAACAAUAUUAAGAUGGAGUUUUGUUAGUUGGUUAAUUAAUUACUAAUUAGAAGUAAAAAAAAAUAUUAUUUUUCCCUUUCUUGUUAUUUUAUGUUAUCAGUUUAAAACCUUACAAAAGUGAAGUU